UGCGCAGCUAGCAGCGGCGGCUAAUCCGGCUAACGGCGGCGGUGAUGGCGGAGCUGGUGCAGGGACAGGCCUCGAUGAACCAGCCGGGGCUCAAGUCAGACGGCCUGGUCGAUGUUUUACAGAGGGCCCGGCAGAUUGUGGGGAAAAUGGGGGGAGAAGCCAUGUCCCACCUCAACAGCUCCUCAGGAAGCGUGGAGUCCACGCUGUACUACCCUGGACAGAAGCGACCCGGAGAGGACGGAGUGGGUAACCAGCUCCCAGCCAUGGGCCAUCAGAGGGUGAUGACGGAGGAGUACAAGGUCCCGGACCGGAUGGUGGGCUUCAUUAUCGGCAGAGGCGGCGAGCAGAUCACCAGGAUCCAGCUGGAGUCGGGAUGCAAGAUCCAGAUCGCCUCAGAUAGCGGAGGGCUGAUGGAGCGGCCGUGUUCACUGACGGGAACUCCAGAGAGCAUCGAGCAGGCGAAGCGGCUGCUGGUCCAGAUCGUGGAGCGGUGUCGGAACGGGCCGGGUUUCCAUGGUGAUGGCGACGGCGGCGCCGCGGUGCAGGAGAUGCUGAUCCCGGCCAGCAAGGUGGGGCUGGUGAUCGGCCGCGGCGGCGACACCAUCAAGCAGCUGCAGGAGCGGGCCGGGGUCAAGAUGAUGAUGAUCCAGGACGGGCCGCUGCCGACCGGUGCCGACAAGCCGCUCCGCAUCUCCGGAGAUCCCUACAAAGUCCAGGCGGCCAAGGAGCUGGUUCUGGAGGUGAUCCGGGAGAAGGAUGGGGAGUUUCGGUCCGGACGCAGCGACUUCGGAGGCCGGCUGGGCGGAACCAAUCUGGACGUUCAGGUUCCGAGGUUCGCCGUCGGCAUCGUGAUUGGCAGGAACGGAGAGAUGAUCAAGAAGAUCCAGAACGACGCCGGGGUCAGAGUUCAGUUCAAAGCAGAUGAUGGCAUCAGUCCGGAGCGCGUCGCCAUGGUGAUGGGUCAGCCGGAGCGCUGCCAGCACGCGGUCCACCUCAUCAACGAGCUCAUCCAGACGGCCCAGGAGCGGGACGGCUUCGGCUCGGCCCUGCGGAGCUCCAGGGUCAGAGGUCGCAGUGACUGGACCAUGGGCUCUCCUGGCCCGCUGCAGGAGGUCACCUACACCAUCCCAGCUGAUAAGUGCGGCCUGGUCAUUGGCAAAGGCGGUGAAACCAUCAAGAGCAUCAACCAGCAGUCCGGGGCCCAUGUGGAGCUGCAGAGGAACCCGCCGCCCUCCACCGACCCCAACACCCGGGUCUUCACCAUCCGCGGCUCCGCCCAGCAGAUGGAGGUCGCCCGCCAGCUCAUCGACGACAAGAUCGGGGGAUCGGGGAUCAUGAGCAACGGAGGAUUCGGCUUCGGCCCCUUCACCCAGGGCCCUGCUGCCCACCAGAACAGCGGCCAGCCGUUUGUGACCGGCGUUUGGGGGAACACCUACCAGACCAGCUGGCAGAACCCGGGACAGCAGGACCCAGGUCACAGUUUGGCUCAGACAGGACAGAUGGACUACUCCAAAGCAUGGGAGCAGUACUAUAAGAAGCUAGGUCAGCAGAACCAGCCUCAGAACAUGAUGACGGACUACAGCAAGGCCUGGGAGGACUACUACAAGAAACAGAGUCAGUCGUCUCAGCAGAGUUCGGUGCCAGACUACACUGCAGUGUUAGCAGAAUACUACAGACAGCAGCCCUACCUGUGGAACCCCGCCCAGAUCCAGGAUCACUAGAGGCUCCUUCGUCUCGGGCUCCAGGCGUCGGACGGUCGUUGACAGCAACCAAAACGGGGUUUCCAAGCAACGCUCUGCCGCUUCUUUCUUCCUUUUUGUAGAGAAAAACUAAGGAUUAACUGAAAAAUCACAAACUCUUUUCUUUCUGUUUUUUAACCUUACAGAGUUGAUAUUUUGUCAGGCAGAUUUUUUUGGACUAGCCUCUGGUCUCCACAGCAUAGACCUGAUUUUCUUUUUUUUUUUUUUUUAUCAAACUUGAACUUAAAGAUCUAUCAGUGUGGCUUUGAACAAAAACAAAUCCAGUAUAAUCUAUAUUUUGUCUAGUUUUAUUUUUCUGAUAAACGGUAAAAGGCUUAGCAGUCUUGAGUAAGAAAAUCAGAUAUAUUAUUUUGUUCAUGAUAAUGUUUUAAAGCAUGCGUCAGAUUGUGUGUUGACUCUCAGUUAUCUUUUUUAUUUUGGCAUAGAAAUAUUUUAAUAGCGUUGGAUGGAAAUGUGAUGUUUUACCGUCAGAGAUAAAACUGUAUUUUGUACUAAAUUUCUGCUCGCUGGGUCUUUCUACUCACCUGAUUUCACCUGUUUGGUCGCCAUCUUGGAGGUGCAAUGACACGAUUGUUUUCUUUGGUUUGAUGAUUCUUCUUCCUGUUUAUCGAUAGUGAACUCUCUAGGUUUUAUUAUGUAACGAUGAAACAAGUGGCGAUCAUAUUGUUGUCUAAAGCCAGAUCUCUCUGUGGUCGAAGACGUUUCCUGGCAGGAAAGAACCUCAGCAGUUCAGCACCACUUUUAUUAAAACAGGAGGAUAUUCCUUGUUUUCUUCCACAGUGAAACUGAAUUAUUGCUGUUAGUUCUGCUUAGUUUGUGUGGAGAAACGUUGAAGCUGGUCAGUGUUACCUCAGCGGAUGUUUGCUGAAUGAAUGUCUUUAGGUGAAUGUAGCUGAGUGGAUGUGGGAGACGAAUGGACGCUCACGUUCUAUCAGAAAGUCCUAAACCAAGUAAUCAGGUGAGCCUGAUGGUUUAACAUGUGAACACUGUUUUGCCUUGACAAAAUUUAAAAGAGCUGACAGAAUAAAAAGCUAUUGAUCUUUGACAUUUACUGAUAUUCUUUUUCAACUUGCUAACAAACUGCCAAACGUGGAGCGCUCUAUGCACAACUUUGCUUUUUGUUUUAACCAACGAAGCUCGGUAAAUCUGGCCUGCCAUGCGUGAAAUGUUCAUGUUUUCCUCCCAAAUAUGCAAAUGCAACAUUUAAGUUAACGGGAACUGAAGUAACAGCAGACGGCUCUUUUCUAACCAGCAAACUUAACGUCCCUUUAUUGGCUUUGAGUAUUUCUCUCCAGUAACAUUUUAACAGACAUUAAGAAAUUAAACAAUCAUUAAAGUUAACCCUCUAGUUACUUUCAUCAAAGAAAUAAUGUGAAUAUUCUGCAAUGGAAAUAAAAAUAAAUGUAAAAUAUCUGUUAAACUUGCUGAUAUUUUAACUUCCUGACAGAAGCUGAGCUUCAUCUGCAUAAUCUUUAAACAAAAUAUUUAGAUGUAAACCGUCAGAUUUUUAUCUCUGUUCUCAAUAUGCAGGUUUAUGCUAACCUGUGAUGUCAUCAGCUCACAGGUUAAAGGUCAGCUCUGACUUUACAGUUAACAUCAGAAAUAGACUUUAAACUCAAAAACGUCAAACUAGAUUAAAUCUUGUUAAACUACAGGAGAAAAAUGACGACUUUUCUAAAUCCAGUUGUGAAUUUAAUAAAAUAAAGUGAGAAACAACCAGCAGCAGUCGGACUAUCAGCAUUUUAAUAUUUACUACGUUUCAUUUUUAACAUCCUAACUGUUGUUUCAGUGUGAACAAAAACUUAAAUACUGAGUAAUUUAACCCCAAACCAAGCUAGCUUAGCUUCAUGCUAAGCUCAGACUCAUCGUCAUCCUCCAAACUAACCCUGCAUAUAUACGCUCAUUAAAAUUUAAACAUCUUACCCAGGUUGCAUAUCUUUGACAUAAUUAGUGUUGAUUUUCCAACUAACUGUAAAAAUGGGUCCAGAUUUCAGUUCUGAUGUUUCAUUUUUAAACCGAGGAGUUAGCAUAAGGAAGAACUCGUCUGUGGAUUUGAAAUUAAUAAGCUACUAAAGAUUUUUUCAAUAUUGCUAGGAAAACGGACAAAACCAGUAAUUAAAUGGCUCCAAAGAAACAGCUGGUGUAAAUGGUUAAAUAUUAAAUAUUAACCCCAAAAUGAUCCGUUUUAUUUGAUGAGCUGCCAAACCUGCUUUGAGUUCAACAUUUUCCUGCCUGGUUUAACAAUAAUUUAGCUGAAAGUGGUUUAGCUUAGCUACCAGAAGCCGUUAGCUUAGCUUCUUGAAGACAUUAGCUUAACAUUAUGUGUAUCCGAGCGGUGCUGAUUUAUGCUUUAUCUGUGUGUGUGUGUGUGUGUGUGUGUGUGUGUGUGUGUGGGUGUUUAUUAAGGGUUGGUAAUGUUCCUCAAAAAGUAGUUCUGUUGUUUUCAUAAACUUGCACAAAUGUAAAUAUAUUUUUGGCUUUUCUUAUUGAAAUUCAGCUAAUUUACUGUUUAAGCUUAUUUGAUGCAAAUUUGGUAAAAUUUAAAGUCUUGUUCAUUUUAUUUUUUAAGAGAUGUCAGUCCUGAAGUUUUUAGUUUUGUCUAUUUUUUGAAAUCUUUGUUUCAAUUUUUCUACAAGUUUAAUUCCAUCUGUUGCAGUAUUUCAGAUUCGUUAGCCAACAUGUCCUGUUAGCUGCAGGUUUUGUCCUCAGAUUAUUAGCGAGCUGCAGUUUGCUGGGUUUGUUUGGUAGCCAUGUCCGCGCGGCCAGCCGGCGGCGGCGGCGGCGGCGGCGGCGGCUCUGUUAGCGUCGGACCACAGAGAGGUUUGUCUUGUUUCUGGAGAUCUGGCUGUUAUUGAAUCAAUGGUUCUGCUUUCUGUGUGUGAUGAUGAUAAAGACAAUAAUAAUGAGUUCUCCUCUUCAGGGGUUUAUUUAAAUCGUAUAAAUAUUCAGUUUGUCGAUGAGAUGCUUUGGUUUGUGUACAUUUCCUCUGGCGGUGCUCUCCACUUAAAAUGGUUUGUUUUUGUUCUACUGUUUAAUUCACAUGUUGUGUUUAACCGAUCUGCGAGUGUGUGUGUGUGUGUGUGUUUCCUCAAGACUGCUAGGUGAACUGCCUCCCUGCUCUGCCCCCCCGGAGCGCCGCCCGUCCCGGCGCCGGUUCGGUUCCGACCCGCCUGUAAUUGGGCCAGAGAUGAGCUGAAGCUCCGCCCCUUUAUGGCAGGGCGGCUCCGGGUCGGGCGGCGCCACAUUGUUAAAACAGCUGGAGUGGAUUCAUGCCAGGUGUCCGGUUCUGGUUCCGACAGCUGCAACCAGAACCGGAGCUGCGCGCACCGGCCCGCUUCAGCGUCCGGCUUCCUGAUGGGAGUCGGGUUCUGGAGGGCAGCUUCUGGUUUCAUGGUUUCUGUUCUUUUUCUAAUGGACAGACGUCCGACUGUAACCUGCAGAUUUUUCUAUUAGAUUCUAUUGACAGACAGAACCGGGCCGCGGGCUGCUGUUAAUCUGAGGGCUAAUAAACCGGAUCCUUGUUUCUGA